AUGGACGCUCAUCCAAGCAGGUACUGCGCCACGGUGCGUGUCCAGAGACCCAGACAGGAAGUGAUUCAGGACUUGGCCUCUAUGGUGCGAGAGUUACUCAUUCAGUUCUACAAGUCCACUCGCUACAAACCCACCAGAAUCAUCUUCUACAGGGACGGCGUGUCUGAGGGCCAGUUUAGACAGGUGUUGUAUUAUGAGCUGCUGGCCAUUCGAGAGGCCUGUAUCAGUCUGGAGAAGGACUACCAGCCCGGCAUCACGUACAUAGUGGUGCAGAAACGCCACCACACGCGUCUCUUCUGUGCUGAUCGCAACGAGAGG